AACACCAUUGUACUAUUCUUGCAUCGGCUUCUCACACCAAAUACAGAGAUACAAGAAUAUGCCGGCAGAAACAGAAAGUGAUGUACUUGAGGUUAACCGUGGGUUGCUUAAGGAGCUUGAAGAUAUGGGAUUCUCAAUGGCCAGAGCAGCUUGGGGUCUGCAUCAUUCUGGCAACUCUAGCCUAGAAGCAGCUGUGAACUGGAUCGUAGACCAUGAGAACGAUUCACAGUUUGAGAAAAUGCCUGUGGUGGAGUUUAACAUUGAGAUUGAGUCUCCAAGUCCACGUGAGGAUACAGCAGAAACUGCUCAGGCUAGAGCAAAUGAACUAAAGGAACGAGCUCGUAAACUAAGAGAAGAAGAAGAAACUAAACGUGAAAGAGAAAGAGAAAAGGAAAGGAUACGAGCUGGAAAAGAGAUGAUGGAGACAAGGAGAAUCGCUGAAGAAAACGAAAGGAAACGGAAUAUAGCUUUGAGGAAAGCUGAGAAAGAAGAGGAGAAAAAAGCAAGGGAGAAAGUCAUGAUGAAAGUAAAUGCAGACAAGGCUGAGAGAAAGAGCAGGCUCGGUUUGCCAACAGUAGCUGAAUCUACUUCUACGUCAACUCUAGUUGCUCCACUUGACACCAAGAAGAUGUUAAUGCCGUCGAAAUCAAAGGAGAUGAGAGAAUGCUUAAGAUCCCUAAGAAGAAACCACAAAGAAGAAGAUCCAAGAACGAUGAGGAGGGCGUUUGAUACGCUUCUGAUGAUUGUGAGGAACGCAGCGAAGACUCCGGAUGAAGAGAAAUACAGGAGAAUCCGUGUCACGAACCGGUUGUUCCAGGAGAGAGUUGGGAGGUUCAAAGAGGGUUUAGAGUUCAUGGAGCUUUGUGGAUUCAAGAGAGAGGGAGGAUCAGAGUUUCUGUCUCUGGCGAACGACGAGGGAGACAUGUCGCGGCUUCGAGACGCCGCGUUUCAGUUGCAGUCUGCGGUUACUAAUCCUUUCUUCGGUCUUCUCUCCAAAGAAGCAGCUGAAGAGUGAAGACUUGUGAACAAUGAACUUUGUCUUCCUGAAUUGUUAUGUACCGUUAACAGAUGAAUAACUGAACUAUCAUCAUCUCUUCCCGCUCUAAAAUGUUUGAUUAACACAUAAUACUGUUAAGCUAUACAGAGCGAUGGUAGAAAAUGGUUUUUUUUUUUUAUACCUAGUUGGCAGUAUUCUAAAAAUCGGUUUAU